GUGCAAAUUAAAAGUCGAUUCGAUUCUUCUGUAUAUUUUAUUUCACAACUUGUAUCGCUUCAUUCUCGCGAAGCAAGGCUGUGAAAAUCAGAACGAAAUCAUGGCCAAAUACUUGGCACAGAUAAUCGUGCUGGGCUCGCAAAUGGUGGGUAGAGCAUUUGCCAGAGCAUUGAAGCAGGAGAUAGCAGCCAGCCAGGAAGCCGCCAAGAGAGCAGGUGGUGGACAACAAGGCUCGCAGAGAGUGGCUGCUAAUACUAAGAGUGGCAUCACAUUGGACGAGGCCCUGAAGAUCCUGAAUGCCGAUAAACUAGAGCAAACCGAGGUGAUUGAACGCAACUACAAGUACCUGAUGGAUGCCAACGACAGGACAAAAGGAGGUUCUUUUUACAUACAGUCUAAAGUUUUUAGAGCUAAGGAGCGCAUUGAUGAGGAAUUAAAAAGUAUGGGAAAAGCCCCACCACCUGAAGAAGCAGAGACUCCCAAAAGUCGUUCAGCAUCCGCUCACUGACAUUUUGGAUUUUCUCUAGUUUAAAAUAUGUAAAUUAUUUAAAUAGCUUUUUCUGUACAUACUUUUUCAUCCAACCGUUAGCUUUAACAAGUGACUUUUACUGUAGACCUAUAACUUUGUUGAUUAUUAUAUAAUUACCCACCUGUACAUUGUACAAAAAUAUAGGAUUUUUUGUGGAA